AUGGGCCCCUUCACCGACGACGACUCGGACGACUACGUGGUCGGCGGCGGCGACGGCGGCGACGGCGACGGCGGCGGCGACGGCGGCGGCGGCGGCGGCUGGAGCUACCGCAGGGGCGGCGGCCCCGCGCCAACACCGUGGAGGCCCGAAGACUUCGAGUUCAUCAUGGCAGGAAUCAAACCGAUUUACAAAUCUGAGGCGGGCCAGGACCAGAACCAGAUCCACAUCCCAAAGGUCAAGCGCCGCUUGGAGGGCAAGGAUCUCGAGAAGGAGUUCAACGCCGCCUCCGACUUCGUCCAGGCCUGCACCUUGAGCGUCCCCGAUGGUGUGUAUCUUCGGUUCUACGGCCUCCAUAAGGUCGCCACCGAGGGGCCCUGCACCGCGCCGCCGCCCUUCCCCCACAAGCUCAAGCCCCACAACGAGUGGAAUGCGUGGAACAAUUUGGGUGAUAUGAGUCCAGAAGAAGCUAUGAACGAGUAUAUCGCCGCUGCUCGUGAGCUCUUCCCCAGCUGGGCCCAAGCUUAUUAUACAAGUGUGAAAGAUGAGGAAACCAGUGCGUCUGCAACAGGCUCAAAGGGGCCAGGACCUGCAUCUAAAACAAAUGAAUUAGAACUUGGGGAGAUACAUGUUUCUGCAAGGGAAGGAGAAAUGGAAGAUCUUAAAAAGCAUCUGGAGUCUGGUGUAGAAAUCAAUGCAAGAGAUAGUGAAAAGAGAACCCCAUUGCACUGGGCUGUGGACCGGGGUCACCUAGGUGCUGUGGAGCUCCUUGUCCGUUCAAAUGCAGACGUGAAUGCUCAGGACGAUGAAGGUCAGACACCACUUCACUAUGCUGUCCGUCGCGAGAGAGAAGACAUCGCCCAACUCCUUGUCAAGCACGCUGAUCUCCAGAUCAAGGACGGCGACGGGAACACCGCUCAUGACCUCUGCUCCUUGGCCUGGCCGUUCCUCAAGCCGGGAAACUGAUAUGGCGCAAUGAGUCUCCAAUAUACGUUGACGCCUAGUACCACAACUACGACUGUAAAAAAAACAUACCGAGCUCGAUUAGCUGGAUUAGAUGAGCUGUUUUACCAACCUCAUCGAAUACAUAGUUGCCGAAAGUCAGAAGAUAAUCUCAGUGCAGGGUAGACAUCUUGUAGUAUCGUUUUGUACAGUUUAUGCUGCUUUUGUGUGUUUGGGCUGCACAUCAACAGUUUGGCCAGAAACAUAUAUGAACUCAUGCUAGAAUAUACUAUGUUGUCAUCAAUAUACUACAUCUCUUAUUAUUAUUGGAC